AAAAAAAAAAAAAUAUAACCUGAAUUCGCAACCACAAAUACUCACCCCCCUCUUCAGCCUAACUAUCUCAGUAUCUAUACGUUAUAUUUACCUAAACCGAAUUAUUGCUCUAUAUACCGACUUAUUGCACGCUCCCACAGUGCUAUUCAGACCAGACCCAACAAAUCGUGACCCAAUCCCUUCACCUCCCCAAUGGCAAUGGCGGAAAACAUGAGCCACCAGCUCCUUGAAACCAUGAAAAUGGAACACGACAGCCUUCUCGACGAGUUUCUCGACCAACGUGUCUUCAGUGAAGGCGAGGCGGGCGAGACCCCUAAUGACCUCAUGAUGGCCGAUAUUCAGUAUACAUUUCAGCCCCGCUCGCUAGGCGAACCAGUGUUGAGCCCCGCAGACUCAUCCACGUCGUCAAACCACACCAACAUCUUCCACACCCCACCGUCCAACGGCCUCGAAACUCUUCCGUUUGUAAAGCCGGAGAUGGUCGAGACAAACGACUUGUUCAACAGCUUCAUCACCGAUGAGUUGAACAUGCAAAUCACCGAAGAGAUAAACUAUAUGGGCAACGGAGGCACAAACGAAGUGAUGAUGAAUGAGCCGAAUGGAAAUGUGAGUGGAAGUGCAAGUAUUAUUGCGAGUCCGAAUGCGAACAUGUCCACUCGCGAAUUCCAGCUCUACGAAGUUGCACGCGACGAACUCUCUAAGUUAAAGUUUGGCAGCCCCCAGGUACCGAUGAACACUGAGAUCGAGCUCCCACAGGCCUUAAAGCAAGAAUUAAAGGCCAUGGAGUCCCUUGCCCAGUUUAACAACGACAAAAAGCUCCCCCACCACAUGGUGAUUAAAGGAUUACCCUCCUGCCUGAGAGUCGAAACCCAAAUCAAGUUGCAGUUGGUGUUUCUGCCGCCUCCGGAACAGUUCUUGAUCCACCUCUCCAACGACCUUAUCUCCAAACCGAAGUUGUGUCUCACAAACGAGCUCCCAGCCUCAGUAAAGCCGCACUUGUUAUAUCUCGAUACCUACGUGCUCACGUCCGACAACCAAUCGUGCGAGAUCUGCUCCCGCUGUAUCAAGCGUGAACAGAAGCGUGCUUCCAGAAGAAAGCAGUCCAACUUGCUCGCCCCCGCGACCCCGGCCCCCACCGGAGGCAACGAGUCGUGGGAUGACUCCGUCAGCAAGCGCGCGGUCAUCUUCAACUGUAAGGAGAUCAUCUCCUUCCCACAGCCCACCGGGUUGGACGCCGCCACCACCAGCAAGGCCUUGGAGCUCAGCGCCAGAAUCGUGUGCUACUGCAGACACCACAACGAGUCCAAGGGGUUCAAGAUCUUGUUUGUGUUGCGCAACAACAAGGACGAAAUUGUCUCCCGUGCCCUCAGCGACUCGAUCAUGAUCAUGGAUCGGAAGAAGAACAAUGCGGGCGGGAUGGGUAGUGCCGGCUCUGAAACACACUCCACCGUCACGCCCCACCCCAAGGAAGCGAAGCAGACCGUGACAGGGUCGCCCAAUUCGGUGGACGAAUCCUUCUCCUCCGAGCCGCAUACCACAGACCAGGCGAGCACGAAUCCAAACUACAUGAGCUUCGACGCCGGAACCCGCGCGAGUAAGAGAAAGCGUGUGGAGGAGAACAGCUUUGGCAACUUCGAUCCGCCGUCAAUGUUGCAUUCGCCUCUUGAGACGUCGUACAUGAACAUGACGUUGAACGGCAACAGCUUCACGCCUCCUAGCGUUCCCCACGGCCACCGUCCGUCGACCGUGUCUCUGAUGGACAUCUCGCACCAAACUGACUUUUCCGUGAACCAGCCGCUGUUGGCGAGCACCCCGCCGAGCGUGGCAAACAACAGCUUUGUGGUACAACUGCAGCACCCGCUGAUGGCGUCGCUCCAGAGCUACUCGCACCAUCAGAUGGUGCACAUGCCAGUGCCGCCCCCGCCGAACUUUCCCUCCAUCCAGCGCAUCAUCCCAGCUCAGGGCCCUAUCCGAGGCGGGAUCGAGGUUACGCUUUUGGGGUGCAACUUCCGUCCGGGCAUGGUGGUCAAGUUUGGUGCUAAUCAGGCGCUAGCCACGCACUGCUGGAGCGACUCGACGAUUGUGACGUAUCUCCCGCCGGCGCUGCAACCGGGACAGGUGCUCGUAAGCUUUGAAAAUUACGAGAGCUGGAACAGCACCCAGGCUGGGUACUCCAGCGGGGCGCACCAGCAGGUGUUCACCUACUUGGACGAUACCGACCGCCAGUUGAUCGAGUUGGCGUUGCAGAUUGUGGGGUUGAAGAUGAACGGUAAGUUGGAGGAUGCCAGGAAUAUUGCCAAACGGAUCGUCGGGACCGACAGCACCGGCGGUACCCACGCAUUGGGAAGUGCCAGUGGUAAUGCCCACGGGGCCAGUGACGCAACUAGCGCUUCCGUCACCGACGAAUGGUACGAGAACGCCCAGAACACUGCGAACCUUUUGUCACAGUCCGGGGUGUCCACCGAGGAGAUCCUCACCAAGUUUCUCUCGCUUGUGGACCUUCCUAACUGCCCUAUCACCACGCCAAACUUCAACUUGUGCACUCCUGAGGGCCAGACGAUGCUCCAUCUUGCUACGCUGAAGAGUUUUACCGAUUUGGUCAAGUUUUUAAUCUUCCACGGGUGCAAGGUCGAUUGUAAGGACAAACAGGGGCUUACCCCGUUGUUCUACGCCGGGAUGACGGGUAACCGCCGCUUGAUCAAGGUUUUGGUUGACUGCAAGGCCAAGUGGGAUGUGAAGUUGUCCAACGGUAAGAUGCUCAAGGACUACUGUGACUUGAAUGUGUUGGACAUGUUCAAUGACUUGGAGCCGCAGGAAUUGAGAAGCGCGCCGUUACCAAAGUCCUCCAGCUACGAUUCUUUGGAAAGCAUGGUGUUUGGUUUUGGCCAGCACAUUCUGAAAAUGACCGAGGUUGUCGUUGACGAUGCUCCGAGUGUGCUGGAAGCUGGCUCCGAGCGUAAACGCGAGGUCGAUGAGGAUGAAGAUGGGGAUGAUGAGUAUGAAUACUCGUCUGAUGCCGACAAUGAACAUCCAUUUGGCUCUAAUAUUCCGAGCACCACCGAGCGCCGUACGUCAGUAUCGUCUCAGGAAGCUCCGAUCACCUUGUGGAGACGUGUCAGAAACGUUUUCCAAUCAGAUCACACGCACUCCCAUGACGAGUCAGACUCGUUGCCAAACUAUUCCGACUUGUUCCCUCACGAUCCGUCUCCUAGCCAGUUGUUCAAGGUACAGGAGGAUAAGACCGUUCUGAUCACCCAAGGCCCGUCUCUCGAAGGUUCUUCCAUGGUCCUUGAAGAUGACAGGGCUAAUCACACGUCGGACUCUGGGGACGAUAUGGUGAUGCUUUUGGAAAAGAAGAAGCAUCUUAACCAGGAUAAGAUGUUGCUCUUCUUCUGGUUGCCGGUACUCUUGCUCAUUCUUUCCGCGUCCGUGCUCCACCAGUUUGGUAUUAAUGUUAUCUACACCGAGAAGAUUACCGAGGCGUCGAGCAAGGUCUUGCGUUCCACCUUGGGAACCAUCAUGCUUGGGAAGGAACGUGUGAGUGGCCUCUUUGCCAGCCAGGCGGUUCUGAUCCUGGCUGCGGUCACGGAGUUUGUCGAAGUUUAAGGGGGGUUUGGGGGUGUACUAUGCUUUUUAUAUUUUUUUUU